UUUAGCGAUUAUUGAUGAUAAAUUAAGAGUUUUAAUUUGAUAAAAUCCAUAAUAUAGAUUACUCGAAAAUAUAUAUUUGUUGCAUUGUUCAAUAAUUUAACUACCAAUCAUGACACCGUCAGAAGUGACAGCUUUGAUGUCAUUAGUAUUUCAAAUAACUUCACCAAAUCUUAAUCAAUCAGUUCCUUCUGAGUCUGUUGAACGUCCAAUUAGCUACAAUGUAAAUUACUCUGAUCCUGAAUUUGUUGGAGGAAAGUUACAUGAGUGUUACAGAAAUUGUGGUAAUGAAAGCCGCACAUGUUACUACACUUUUAUACUUACUCAAUACACGUCAAUGAGCUACAGUUGUCAUGAUUGUCCCUAUAAAAAGGAAGAUUGUUUUUUACCUCCUUGUAUCACUGCCGGAGGAUAUAUUCGACCAGUGACAGUAGCAAAUAAAAUGCUUCCUGGACCAAGUAUUCAGGUCUGUGAAGGUGAUAAGAUACACGUGACAGUAAUAAACGAAUUCACUAGUGAAUCUACAACAAUUCAUUGGCAUGGUAUUCAUCAGGUUCAUUCCCCAUUCAUGGAUGGUGUUCCUUUCGUCACUCAGUGUCCAGUAUUACCACACAAUAAUUUUGUGUAUCAAUUUACUGCGUCUCCUGCAGGAACUCAUUUAUGGCAUUCUCAUAUCGGGUUUCAAGAAGCAGAUGGGUUAUUCGGAAGUUUAGUCGUAAGAAAAAACAAUGAUCCAAUGAAGAAAUAUUAUGAUUAUGACUUAGCAGAACAUGUUAUGAUAAUUUGGCAUUGGUAUAAUGUUUCUACGUCUUUCGUACUCCCUACAAUUUUACAUAAGUAUGGUAGUGUUUAUGGUCACGGUUUUAUAAUUAAUGGGUUAGCAGCGAAGGUUCAAUUUUCAUCAGACAAUGCUUCUACUUACACACCUACUGCAGUUUUCAAUGUUACUUCAGGGAACAAAUACCGAUUUCGAGUGAUAUACAACAGUCCAAUUUAUUGUCCAAUUCAAAUGUCUAUUGAUAAUCAUCGAUUGUUAGCAAUUGCCUCUGAAACAGGAAAUUUCAAACCAAUUAUGGUUGAUUCUUUUAAUUUGAAUGGAGGUGAACGUUACGAUUUUGUUCUUGAUGCUAAUCAACCACCUGGAAAUUAUUGGAUAAAAUUUAGAGGUGAAGGUGAUUGUAAUAAAAACGGAGUACAAAUAUUUGAUGUUGCAAUUCUUCAUUAUAAUGAUGAUGGAGUGAAAAAUGUACAACCAAACGGAACAGUUUUAUAUGCAGAUACUGAUCGACCUGGAGUGAUCUUAAAUCCAUUAGGUAAUCUAGAAUUAAAUUACCAAAAUCAUUCAUUAAUCAAAGUUGUUGAUCUAAAUAAUACAGACUCCAAUGAACAUGAAGAUAUUUCACGAACUCCAGAUCACAUAUUUUACUAUGAAUUUUCCUUCAAUACUUAUAGUUCAUACUUUGCACCGGGGCCAUACCCACAAAUAAAUAAUAUCAGUUUUGAGUAUCCUCCAAUUCCAUUGUUGACUCAAUAUGAAGAACUUAAAGAUCACAUGUACUGUACCGAAGACGAUUAUCGGAACAAACAUUGUGUGGAUGAUUUCUGUAAAUGUAUAUUAAUUUAUCGAGUGGCUAAAGACAGUUUGGUAGAAAUGGUCUUCGUAGAUACAGCUGAUGACAGAGAUCAAGAUCAUCCUAUGCAUUCUCACGGUUUAGCAUUUUAUGUGGUAGCUAUGGAAUCAAUGGGAAAAAAUGUUUCUUUAGUUGAGGUGAAACGUCGAAAUGAGGAAGGUUUAAUCAAAAAGAAGUUUAAAAAUGCUAUGUUAAAGGACAAUAUAAGCGUUCCAGCUAAAGGAUUUGUUAUUAUUAGAUUCAUAGCUACGAAUCCUGGAUAUUGGUUAUUUCAUUGUCAUCUUGCCAAUCACAUGGAAAUGGGAAUGGAUUUUGUAUUGAAAAUUGGUGAACAUGAAGAAAUGACACAAGCUCCAAAAGAUUUUUCUAAGUGUGGGCAUUCAAAGUAACAAUUAAAAGUAACUUAUUGAUAAGAUAAAGAAUCAAAUCAUUAGAAAUCUUCAAUUAGGUUGGAAAUUUAUUUUUAUUUUUACAUUUUGAACAAAAUUUAGUCUGUUAUAGUAAUUUUAUUUUCACUUUCUUUCAAUUAUUAUUAUUAUUAAUAUUAUUUUUAUUGAAUUCCUUAAAGAUAAAGACUGAAAAUUAAUAUAAUUCGUAAAUUAGAAAUUAUUUUAAGGAUUUUUUAAGUAAAAUGUUAAGUUUUUGAUUUCUAUUUUAGU